AGGUGAAUGGGUAAAUAAAAAAAAAAAUUAACAAUCAAUCAAACGAAGAUAAGCACGAGCAUGGAGAUGUUUCUGCAUCAGCAUGUACAUAAGUGUGCGACGUAUGAGGUAAGGGACGCUUGAACGCGAAUGUAUAAAUACUCGAUCAACCAGAAAGAAGCUCUCAGUCGAGAGUCAACUCCACGCUUCAUUUUGCAACGACUUCUAUCGACAGCCUUCACGUACUGGUGAAAAAGUUUCUACAAACAAACAGUGCUGUGAGAAAAAAUGGCUAAAAAUAUCAUAAAAGUUCUCCGGGUGAUUAUUUUAAUUACCACGAUUUUGUGUAAGAUUCAAGAGACUCAGAGUAACCAGUCAACUACGCGGAAGAAUCGUACCUCAGGCAGCUCACCCCGGUCAGCUCUGCGGCUUCCCGCGGUAGAACGCGCCAGAAAAUUUAUUUGUACGGAACCCCAACCGCGUGCUUAUCACCUGAAAGAUUUGAUGGACAGUCAAGGUUUGUUACAUUCUCAAGAAGCACCAAAUCACCCAUCUUACCUGGUGGUACGUCGCUGUGAUGAACAUUCCGGUUGUUGCCCUUCUCCUGAGCUGGUCUGCAUGCCCGCAGAAGGUUCAGUCUACUUCGAGGAAUUCGAUGUUCAGUUCCGGAGCGUUGAUACUAAAAAGACCUCGCACAAACGGAUCUCCGUUGAGCAACAUCACAAUUGUAGCUGCGAGCCGGCUAAUCGAACCCAAAGAGAGACUCUGGAAACCCGAAGACCGAAGAUUACUGUUGUGUCUUAAAUCUGGAAUUUAUUCAAAUAAAAUUAGGGUAAUCAGUGAUAAUUAACUAAUUAAUUAUAAUGCUGAUUACAAAAAUUACAUUCUUAUGUCUGUGAUAAUCUGACUUUUUAAUUUAUUUAUUACUAUUGAAAGUUUAAUAUUAGUCUUGAUAUUUCUUACAAGUAUUUAUAAUACCUUUGUAGAUAUAUAAUAUUUAUAAAAUCGUGAGACAUUUUGUGGGUGUCUGUGUAUGCCUGUAAAUAAUUUUUACUGCUUACUAGUAUAACAGUAAAUGAAUAGUGUAAGUGUAAAGAAGAAUCACUUUCAGAUGACGGUUCAACAUAAAUACCAGGAUAUUUUAUUAUGUACCACGGGUGAUACAAAAUUAUACAUAGAUUUAUCUAUACAUAUACAUAUAAAUGUAUGUAUGUAUGUAUGUAUGCAAUAAAAUGUUUGGCAAUAAGCCCAAAUAGAUCGCAUUGACGCCCUCAUGUCGCCGUUUUUGAUUAUUAUAUCAAAUAGAUUAAAUUAUUACGAUGAUACCGGUUAGUAAUUUUUUUGUUUGUACACGAAUUAACGCCACUUGAGCAUGUGCGACGUGGGAAGCUCUGAAAAGAAAUACGCUUUAUAUUAAUUAUUUUGUAAAUUAACUGUAUGAAAAGUAAUGUGAUAUUAUAAAUUAUUAAUUUAGUUUUUUUAAUGAAUAGUAAAUUAAUAAUUCAAUACUCGAUGUAAUGAAAUGAAAUGUACCUGUUAUACUGUCAUGUUUCAUUUUAUAAUUUGGAUGUUUGCCUUCAAUGCCUUGCCAGCAAUGUAAAUUCAAAACUUCAAGUUGUAUCAUUAUUUAUCUUCAUCUCCAUCAUCAUUAUCACUAUCGCGCUUCUGCAAGUGUAUUUCCAAGUUGUAUUUUUACUGACUAUUUAUAAAUAAUUUAUAACUUCAAGAAUAAACAAAAAACAUUAAUAAAAUUAUUAAGUUACAAACCUGA